AUGGGUAAAGGUAGCAGCAAACUGAAGAGCUCUCAAAUCAAGGAACUCGCUGAGCAAACUUAUUUCACCGAAAAGGAGAUCCGCCAAUGGUACAAGGGAUUUGUUCGCGAUUGUCCGAAUGGAAUGCUCACAGAAGCGGGCUUCCAAAAGAUCUACAAACAAUUCUUCCCUCAAGGUGAUCCAUCGGAUUUUGCCUCUUUCGUGUUCAAGGUGUUUGAUGAGAAUAAAGACGGCGCUAUCGAAUUCCAUGAGUUCAUACGAGCCUUAUCAAUCACUUCACGUGGGAAUCUUGACGAAAAGCUCCAUUGGGCGUUUAAGCUAUAUGAUCUUGACCAAGAUGGCUACAUAACUCGAGAUGAGAUGCUUUCAAUUGUAGAUUCAAUCUACAAAAUGGUUGGAACAAGCGUCAAACUUCCCGAGGAGGAGAACACACCAGAGAAAAGAGUUGAUCGAAUCUUCCGAAUGAUGGAUAAGAAUAACGAUGCUCAACUGACUCUGGAGGAAUUCAAAGAGGGAGCCAAGGCGGAUCCAUCGAUCGUCCACGCGCUCUCGCUUUAUGAAGGUCUUUCCACCUAA